AUGUCCAUAUAUGCUAUAACUAUUGCAUUUAUUGUUCCUCUGAAUAGUUCCAUAAUUAUCUAUAGUAUAAUUUUCUAUCAUGCUCGUAAAUCAUCUCAACGUAUUGCUCCUUCAACAUCCAAUAUUAUGACUACUCGUAUACCGUAUGCUAGACGUGAAAUGAAACUUGCACAAAAUAUGAUCAUGAUAGAGGCAUUUUAUGCAGCUGCCGGAGCACCUCUUUUGAUACUUAUCCUUUGGCAAGGGAUACAAGUCAAAAGUCCACCACCGGAGUCAUUUUAUUUAUUGAGUAUGAAUUCAAUAGUGCUUUUUACCAAUGUUAUGAUAAUUAUGCUAUUCUACACGAACAAGCAGGUGAAAGACAUUGCUCUUAACCGUCAACGCGUGGAACCAGUAUCUACUGUUAAUCGUCAACAGCAGAUGUUGCAAGUUAUUGAACACUGA